AUAAUCUAGAAUUUGUGUAAGAAGUAAAGGUACUCUCAACACAAAACACUGACUACUGAAUGCUGCUCUUUACUGUUGCAGCCUUUAUUUUACACCCCGAGGCGAGUUAAAGCCCAAUGGGAGUACUACACUUACUAGGAGAGAGAAACAUAAUCACAGGAAUAUCUGGGUGUUCCCUAUGAUGCUGGUUUAGGAUGUCUCAGGUGCUGAGAUGGGUCAUUAUGCUUUGUACCAGGAAAGACAAAGUGUUGUAACUUGGGCAGAAGUGUAAGAAUAGAGAAGGUAAGUCGCACACCUUCCGAAUCCUGAGAAGGACCCACUUGCUCUGUGUACUAAUGUCCACCUUAUAGGACAACCAGCCAUCAGUGAGAUAUGCGAAGUCUUCUGCUGUAUCUGCUUUGCCUGUGUACUGUGUUCAGGUUAACAACUGCAGCUGCAGAUCUCAGUGACUGUGCAGCUGCAGGGAGCAUAUGCCACACCAAUGCAGACUGCUUCAAAACACGUGAAGAUAAGUUUCUCUGCAUGUGCCGAAUGGGGUACAGGGGCACUGGAUUGCAAUGUCAAGACAUUGAUGAGUGUACAACUGGUCUACACAGCUGUCAUGUAAAAGCAGUCUGCAGUAACACUCUGGGCAGUUACAUCUGUUCAUGUCAAAAUGGUUAUUCUGGUGAUGGUUUCCAAUGCCAAGAUAUCAAUGAGUGUCAAACUAAUAAUGGUGGCUGCCAUGUCAAUGCACUUUGCACCAACAGAGAUGGAGGAAGAGACUGCAGUUGCAGGUCUGGUUUCACUGGAAAUGGAUUUCAGUGCAAUGAUGAUGAUGAGUGCGCAAGACCAGGAAUCUGCCACUGGCAUGCCACGUGCACCAACAACCCUGGCUCCUAUGUGUGCACAUGCAAUGCAGGCUACAAAGGCAAUGGAAAUUAUCUCUGCCUUGACGUUGAUGAGUGUUCAGAGACUCCUGGUGUGUGCUCUGCUUUCUUUGGGUACAAAGGUUGCAAGAACCUGCCAGGAACUUACUCCUGCCUCUGCAACAGUGGUUACCAAAGCAACGGACAGACAUGUGAGGACAUCAAUGAAUGUGAAAUCAACACCUGCAGCUCAUUUGCUGAAUGUACAAACUUACCAGGUUCAUAUCGUUGUACCUGUCCUGAAGGAUUUGUGGGAAAUGGCUUGGCGUGCGUAGACAUUAAUGAGUGUGACAGAAAGAACAGCUGUGACCCUAACGCAAUAUGUACCAAUUUGCUAGGAAGCUACGAAUGCUCUUGCCGUCCUGGGUUUCUGGGCACGGGAACAAAGUGUACUGACAUUAACGAAUGUACCACCAAUAACAUUUGCCCAGCCAACGCUGCAUGUGUCAACACUGCAGGCUCAUUCUUCUGUGACUGUGGGUCAGGCUACAGCUUUAAUCAAACCCAGUGUAUGGAUGUGGAUGAAUGUGCCACAGGACAUUGCAGUGCUUACGCCUCUUGUGAAAACUUACCUGGUUCAUUCAUCUGCGCAUGUCUAGCUGGUUUCGAAGGUGAUGGUUUAGUAUGUGAGGAUGUGGAUGAGUGUGCCAAAGAAAGGCGGUGCCAUGUUAAUGCACUCUGUAUUAAUGUACCAGGUAAAUACAACUGCAGCUGUAUGGUGGGAUACACAGGUGAUGGUGUGUCGCAGUGCACAGAUGUGAACGAGUGUCUUGUUGAUAACGGUGGCUGCAAAAACAGAGCAACAUGUGUCAACAGUAAGGGGUCUUUCUCUUGCGUUUGCCCCUCAGGCUUUGAGCUAAUCAAUCGUACCAUCUGUCAGGACAUAGAUGAAUGCAAGGUAUCUGAAAAGGCAUGUGGCAUCAAUGAGCAGUGCUCAAACAUGGAAGGGUCAUAUUCAUGCCAGUGUAAAGCAGGCUUCAGGCGAAUCACUGAUGAUUUAGACUGCUCUGAUAUUGAUGAAUGUGAACAGCAAAAACCUUGUCACCAGAAUGCCACAUGCUCGAAUUUAGCAGGCUCCUUCUCAUGUACCUGCAAUCAUGGCUUCUCAGGAAAUGGCAAAACAUGUGAGGAUAUAAAUGAAUGUGCAAUUGAGAGAAUGUGCCAUCUACAUGCUAACUGCUACAAUUAUCCUGGUGACUUCUCGUGCAUUUGCCACCAGGGCUUUACAGGAGAUGGUACCACCUGUACAGACGUGGAUGAAUGUGUCCUUUCAAAUAAUACUUGCCCAGACAUCUCUGUGUGCGUCAAUUCCCCUGGAGCAUAUGUCUGUUCUUGUCUGAAUGGCAAAGUAGCAUACAACAACACUUGUGUCCUCCCUAGUCGUGAAUGUGAUCCUGCCUGCCAUCCACAUGGACUGUGUCAUCCUUCACCUUCAGAAUACCAGUGUGUGUGUGAUGUGGGAUUUAAAGGGGAUGGACUCACUUGCUCAGACAUCGAUGAAUGUGAAGAGAAUGUGUGCCCAAAGAAAGAGACGCAAUGUGUCAAUAACCCAGGAUCCUUUGAUUGCAUUUGCAAAGUGGGUUACACUCUUAAUGGAACAGAAUGCAUAGAUCUGGAUGAAUGUGAAUCUGGAGUCAAUAACUGCAGCAAGUUUGCACAGUGUGUCAACACAAUUGGCAGUCAUCUGUGUUCCUGUCUCAAUGGCUUCACUGGUAAUGGAAAAAACUGCUCUGAAAGUGACCUGUAUCCAUUUGGAGAGGAAGUAGGUGAUGCUGGGUUGCCAAAGACAGAGGCAGAUGGAAAUACUCCAUACAUCACUCCUCCUGCAGGCUUUCCAUUCAUCGGCAAAAUAUAUGAACGACUGUUUUUUUCAGAUAACGGCUUGGUGCAGUUCCAAUCAGUCAUUGAGAAUGAGAAACUGUUGUUCCCUGCUCCAUUCCCAGAGGGUUUCAAUGGUAAUGAGGGCCAGCCUAUGCUGGCUGUGUUCUGGGAUGAUGCUGACCUUACCCUUGGUGAUGGAAAACUGCUAUACCAGGAAUACAGUCUCCUUAAUAUAUCUGACAUCUAUGCUGAGGCAAUAUUUCAAAGAACAGCACACGAUGUUAGCCAGUUUGAGACUCAAAGGGGCAAACCCCCCUUUUCCCCCUCUUGGAUAGUGAAAAUCACAUGGGAUCACGUUUUGCCCGUGUCCUAUCAAAAGAUCAACUUCUCUGAGACCAACACCUUCCAGUGCAUUCUGACCACAGAUGGACUACGUUCAUUUGCUCUGCUCCGCUACAGUGACAUGAACUGGGGUCCAGGACAGAGGACUAAUCAUAAUGCUCUUAUAGGCUACACUGAUGGUAAGAGCAACUUUCACAAUGAGGUUCCAAAGCCACCGGACAACCUAUUCAGGCCAGGAGGGCGUUAUCGUCCCCAGACUGUCAUGGGUAACACAGGCAAACUGGGGCAGCUGGUGUAUGACCUUACUGGCUCCCCUGAAGCCAGCUCAGAUCCUCAGAGGCAAUGCCAGAUAUGGGCCUUCAAUGAGCCAGAUCCUAAAGAAUGGGCAUUAGGACUGGCACCUUGUCCCUGCACUCGUGUUCAAGCACAGGAGGACCUGGCUUUUAGCCUUGAGAAUCCACCAUCAGAACAGAUGGCACAAGUGAGGGAUCUGAGAGCUCUUAGGUGGGGUGGCAGCAGGGGCCGUGUCUUUCAGUCUAUCCUGUUUAACAAACAAAGUGCAGGAAAGAGAUGUGUGUAUGAUCCAGAGGGCCCCCUACUGGCUGGAUACAGUGAACGGUUCUUCACUGAGGACAAGAUGCAACUACAUAUAGACAAGGAUCUUUUACCCUUCCAGUGGUGCUGUGUUCAGUCUCCUCUGUGUAACAUGUACUUGGCAAAAAGACCACUAGACCGGUGCCAAGGUUACAGUUGGAAUAGCUCUGACAGCAGUAUACCUGGGAACAGGGGAGCACCAGGCAUUGGCAUGGUAUAUGGCAGUCUCCACUUUAUUACCUUUGACGGGAGUGAGUAUACCUUCAAAGGCUUGGGGGAGUACGUUAUCGUCCGUCUCUCCUCCAGCACGGGAUCAAACAUCUUCACCUUGCAGGGACAAACAGCAGUUCUAGUGGUCAACCAGCAGCCCAAACUGGUGCCUGCUCUGGUACGAUUAGCCGCCUACUAUCAGGGUGCUGGAAAGGUGGAGUGGCAAUGUGCCGAAUCUGGUGAUGGACUUAAGGUCUUGGUUAAUGAUGAGGUCAUUCCUGUGUCUGUUGGAGUGGUGCACGUAAAUGUGCGGGGCUUUGCGGUGCGCUGUACCUCUGUGAGCCGCUGCGCAGUGGUGUACGGCGAGGGCCUGAAUGUGAUCGUGUGGAGAGGUGAUGCCGGGAGGCUGAGCUCUCUGGUGGAGAUCCCACAGAGGUUCUACAACCGUACACUGGGUUUACUGGGACUCUGGAGCUCCAACAGGACAGAUGACUUCCUGCUUUCCAAUGGCCGUAUGGUGCCUUUUCUGAAUAACAACGUCCCCUCUGAACAGAGUCUGCUUCCCUUUGGACAGUCAUGGGCUGUUCCUGUUCCUGAGAGUCUUCUGCUGUCAGAGCCUCCUAGUGCUCCGUUCAGUCCUGUCAUGACAGAGCAGCUGAUGUCCUCAGUGAGCCCAGACGUGCUGGCCAGACACAGUCAGACCUGCCAGGGCAGCAUGCAGUGUGUGCAUGACAUCCUGGCCACAGGAAACACCAACCUUGGCCAGGAUGUUCAGAAAGACCAGCAGCAACUUCAGAGCCGAGCACAAAUCUAUGGAAACCUGCCGCCCAUUGUGGAAGAGCCAUUUGUUAUCAUGUGUAGAGUCAAUAGUACAGUUAGAGUUCAGUUCAAGGCUCAGGAUCCAAACAGAGACCAAAUCACCUUCUCCCUGGGCUUACCACGCUCUCCACGGGUCACCAUCGGCAGCAGUGAUGGUGUCCUCGUGUGGACCCCUUCUGGUAUUCAGCCAGUCAAUCUGACAAUUCAAGUGAGCGAUCAAACAUCCAGUUCUGUGAUCACCCCGGUUCUGCAGCUCUGUAACUGUAUGAAUGGAGGAAGCUGCCAGUACAACAGUGUGGUGGAGAACCAUCUGCAGGGAAAGUUUCAGGUUGUAGGAUGUCUCUGUCCACUGGGUUUCAGUGGCAAGUACUGUGAUAACAGAGCAGAUGUGUGUAAAGGCAAGCCCUGUUUUCCUGGUGUGGAAUGCAUAAGACAGAAAGAAGGAGACCUCUUCACAUGUGGACCGUGCCCUCCUCCCACUGUAUACCAGGGCAAACAAGGAUACAAGUGCUUAGAAAAUGACUUCUGCCUCCCUCCGUUCCCCUUCCCUUGUCAUGAGAUGGCAGACUGCACCAGCACCGGCUACAAUUACACAUGUAAAUGUAAGCAUGGCUACAGUGGCGAUGGAAAAGAGUGCAAAGAUAUUGAUGAGUGUCUGGACCCCUCAGCCUGUCCAAAUGCUAAAUUUGAAUGUGUGAACAUGCCGGGAUCAGUGCGCUGCUCUUGCCGUUAUCAGAAGACCAGAGACACUGACGGAUGCGGUGAAUCUGCUAAUCCCACAGGAUGGAAUAUUUUUAAUGUGUCCAUGGGCUGGGGAAAGCAGACGUCAGCACCAGGACUGAGUAAGCUGCAGGAGAUCCUGUCAAUGGGUUUCCAGAACAAGUUCUACAACGCCACUGCUAUAGCUCCUGAUUCACCAUCAGCAGGCAGGCAGAAUGAGUACAGGAUCAAUGUGUCCAGUGACACGCCGCACUGGUAUGUCAUGGACUACCUGACCCGAGUCAGUCAGUACUACGGCAUCCGUUCAGCAUUUGUGGAUGACCUUGAUGAAUGUAAGACAAAUGAGGCUCCGUGUUCAAAAAGAGCCCAGUGUGUCAACACCUAUGGGGGCUACAGGUGUGUGUGCAAUGGCACUGAUCUAAAGGAAGAAUCACAGUCAUGCAUAUUAGACUGGAACAGCGUUAACCGCACAGACGUGUCAGGUGCUCAGACUAUGGAGGAUAAGAAGUCACUAAUUUUGGGGCUGGUCCUGGGCAUUGGUAUUCCCCUCCUGUUGCUGCUGUUGCUGGCGGCCCUCGCCUGCUUCUGCUGCUGCUCGCGCAAGAAAACCAUCUCUGGGGAUAUUCCUCAUCUGCUGCCAGAGUACAUUAAGGAGUACAACCCUCCGUUCAACUUUGACGACCCCUCUCUGCACUACAUCACCCACGUCAGCCCGCGUAUCCUUGAUAACCUCACACCUCAACAGAAGCGCCGAUUCCUCAUCUGCUGCCUGAGUACAUUCAGGAGUACAACCCUCCAUUCAACUUUGACGACCCCUCUCUGCACUACAUCACCCACGUCAGCCCGCGUAUCCUUGAUAACCUCACACCUCAACAGAAGCGCCGGUAUCGAUAACACAGGCCUUGUGCGGUUCAUGCAGCAUCAGUGCAGAUGUACAUUUGUGUUUAAAAUUUAUCUCAAUAUGAUAUUAUUUAUAUUAAAAAGAGACUGCUGACUUUUAGUCAUGUGUGAAAGUGAAAGAGCGCCAGACACAUGCAAAAGAAACACGUAGUGAUAUGUGAGCAACAAGUUCUGCAGCAUUAUUGCCUCAGUUAUUUGAAGAUACUAACUCUUGUAAAGAGAAUAAUGUGCAUAUGCAGUGUAUGCAUUACAGUAAUAAAAGUAGUGGUAAAAUGUGCUUUAAUGUUAUGAAAUAGUGUCAAAUGAUUUUAGAUUGUUGGUGAAAUAUGGCAUUGAAAUAACGGUCAAUAUGAUCUUACACAUAAGUGAAAUGUUUCUCUGGUCAGAAUUAUCCUUUUGACUACAAAGUAACUAAAUAUGUGUACAGUAUGUCAUCUAUAAGCAAAAAUAUAUGGCACCAUCAAACCCACUCAAACACUUUGUCUUAAAAUACUUAGCAAUGUUUAUGAUAUUUCUAUACUUCUUUCCUCAAAUAAAAUAAAAUAAAAAUCA